AUGUCCUCCGACGAAGAAGAAGAGUUUGAGAUCGGUGCAAUUUUGCAUCGAAUGGAGUUUGACAAGCUGAUCGACAAAGCGCUAGCAUCCGAAGCGAAAUUCAGUCCAGACUCGGUGGAUCAAGGCAAAUUCAAACACUCGAAAUACGCGUAUCUCGUGCAUUGGAAGGGCUACACCGUCCAAGACCGAACAUGGGAACCCGAGUCGAACCUCAAAAAGACUGGUCCAUUGGCCGUGUACAAGGCUGAACACAAUAUGCCAGAAGGACAUCAAAAGUUCGAGAAGACGUACGGAAGUGCUGUAUGGAGGAAUCUGGGAUUGGCAGCGGAUAAAGUGAAGGGUUAUCGAUAUCUGUUGAGUCCACAGGAGAAGCGGGAGCAGAGGGAGCGAAGAGAGAGGCUGGAAAGGAUGAACAAGCUGAGACAGAAGGAAGAGAGAAGGAGAAGAGAGGCUGCUAGGGAGAAAAUGGUGACUCCAGAUGAUCCGGAACGGUUGUUCAAGAAGAAAAAGAAGAAGAAAAGGGAGUCGGAUGGAGAAGGACCAUCACGAUCUUCAGAAUACAGAAUUCCCAAGAGAAAACGCUCGGUGACUCCAGAACCAUCGCCUAGCAUCUGCGUUCAGACGGUAAAAUUGACCUCUACCGCCGACAGCAGAUCACCACCGUCCAGGAACCACGGAGCAUCGUCUUCGAUGAGUUCUAGCAGCAACGACAGUUUGAAAUCCGGGGACAAGGAGAAAACAAGACAAGCUCGUCCAGGAAUCCAACCACUGGAUUUGAAAUCUCCACGAAUUAAAAAGAAGAAACAAGAAGCUCCAGUGCCGAGAACUCCAGGAUAUGACGACGUCUCACCACAGCCUGUUAGAAAUUUCGAACUUCCAAAGUCAGAACCUCCUCGAAGAUCCAUUUCCACUGAUAGCUGUAUGAAGAUCAAAAUCAAGAGGAAUUCCGACGGAGGGUAUGAAGCAAUUCCCCCUCAACCGAUCCCAGUUCCGAGUGCCCAAUCAAGCCAGAAUAGUACCAUUUCGUCAUGUACCACAUCAGAAGAAGAGGAGGAAAUUGAAGAAAAUAGCCAAGAAAAGCUAGAAAAACACAUUGAAACCGCUCAGAAAUACAUGAAGAAGCUCAAAAUCGAGAUGAAAGAAGAGUUCCCGGUACAAAUCGAAGCUUCUAGACGGUCCCGAUCUUUCUCCACGGCACUAGACCAACGGAAACAUCGGCGAUGUCAAUCUGCAGAAUGUCUCAACGACUUCUUUAAUCAGCGAUGUGAUUUGGAACUGUUCGGAAAGAAUUUCGAAAAGUGUUCUUUAGUGAAAAAAGGUUUUCCGGCAGCGGUAAUCAGAAAAUAUCCGAAAGAAGAGAAGAAAAUGAUAGUGAAGAACAAGAUUCGAACACAAUCGGACUUCAAGAAAAUAGCAGAAGAGAAUCAAGAGGCGAUCAACAAGAUCCAGCACCCGUUCAAAAAGCGAUUAGAGACUCUGCUACCAGAACUAGUCAACGCUUACUCUUACGACGACAACUCCAGAUUCAAGGAGCUAUUCGAAGCCAAUAUUCCAAAGAAAGGAGUCUUCGAUCCGCAUCGAUACGCAUUGAUUGUCUUUAUCAUAUCUUACUGUAAACAUCGACAAUGGAAUGCUGAUCCGAAGGGAUUGGCUCUGGUAGAGGCGGAUGAGUCGAGAACAUGGGGGAAGGUUCGGAAGCAGACGUCGCUGUGUUGUGAGGACCAUCGGAAGUGUACUUGGAUGAAGUUGUUUAUGGAGUUAGUGCCGAGUAGGCUGAGGUUCAUCGAAUCGUCGAAGAGGAAUUACAAUGGAUUGGAUGGAGACGACGGACCAUUCCGCGAUGACGUCUAUUUCCAUUGCAUGAAGCUCGGUGCCGAAUGCCAAAAACGUAUUUUCUUCGAAGGCGCCAAACCGAUAGGUCUACAAGAGGAUGCAGUGGACGAUUACAGCCUCGACGGAAUGCACCUUCUGUCGGUGCAAUAUGGAAAUCUUCAACGAAUCCCAUCUUAUAUGGCUUUGGGCGGUGCUGAUAUCAACGCUAUUGCCACGUAUAUGCCUACGAAACAGGUGUUCCGGCUGCAGGAUUAUCUCAAGGAAUGGAUUGAGAAGAAUGUCACUGAUAGUGCUGUCAGACCAGAACACAAGAUUUAUUAUGAGAAUCUCAUCGAUAUGGUUCGACUCACAGCGAGCUCGUUGGAGAUUUUUGUGAAAGCAAAAGUCAAUGAGAUGAUUGCAACUAGAUUGAACAUGGAAUUUAAAAUUCAUAGAAAAAUGUCCUCCGACGAAGAAGAAGAGUUUGAGAUCGGUGCAAUUUUGCAUCGAAUGGAGUUUGACAAGCUGAUCGACAAAGCGCUAGCAUCCGAAGCGAAAUUCAGUCCAGACUCGGUGGAUCAAGGCAAAUUCAAACACUCGAAAUACGCGUAUCUCGUGCAUUGGAAGGGCUACACCGUCCAAGACCGAACAUGGGAACCCGAGUCGAACCUCAAAAAGACUGGUCCAUUGGCCGUGUACAAGGCUGAACACAAUAUGCCAGAAGGACAUCAAAAGUUCGAGAAGACGUACGGAAGUGCUGUAUGGAGGAAUCUGGGAUUGGCAGCGGAUAAAGUGAAGGGUUAUCGAUAUCUGUUGAGUCCACAGGAGAAGCGGGAGCAGAGGGAGCGAAGAGAGAGGCUGGAAAGGAUGAACAAGCUGAGACAGAAGGAAGAGAGAAGGAGAAGAGAGGCUGCUAGGGAGAAAAUGGUGACUCCAGAUGAUCCGGAACGGUUGUUCAAGAAGAAAAAGAAGAAGAAAAGGGAGUCGGAUGGAGAAGGACCAUCACGAUCUUCAGAAUACAGAAUUCCCAAGAGAAAACGCUCGGUGACUCCAGAACCAUCGCCUAGCAUCUGCGUUCAGACGGUAAAAUUGACCUCUACCGCCGACAGCAGAUCACCACCGUCCAGGAACCACGGAGCAUCGUCUUCGAUGAGUUCUAGCAGCAACGACAGUUUGAAAUCCGGGGACAAGGAGAAAACAAGACAAGCUCGUCCAGGAAUCCAACCACUGGAUUUGAAAUCUCCACGAAUUAAAAAGAAGAAACAAGAAGCUCCAGUGCCGAGAACUCCAGGAUAUGACGACGUCUCACCACAGCCUGUUAGAAAUUUCGAACUUCCAAAGUCAGAACCUCCUCGAAGAUCCAUUUCCACUGAUAGCUGUAUGAAGAUCAAAAUCAAGAGGAAUUCCGACGGAGGGUAUGAAGCAAUUCCCCCUCAACCGAUCCCAGUUCCGAGUGCCCAAUCAAGCCAGAAUAGUACCAUUUCGUCAUGUACCACAUCAGAAGAAGAGGAGGAAAUUGAAGAAAAUAGCCAAGAAAAGCUAGAAAAACACAUUGAAACCGCUCAGAAAUACAUGAAGAAGCUCAAAAUCGAGAUGAAAGAAGAGUUCCCGGUACAAAUCGAAGCUUCUAGACGGUCCCGAUCUUUCUCCACGGCACUAGACCAACGGAAACAUCGGCGAUGUCAAUCUGCAGAAUGUCUCAACGACUUCUUUAAUCAGCGAUGUGAUUUGGAACUGUUCGGAAAGAAUUUCGAAAAGUGUUCUUUAGUGAAAAAAGGUUUUCCGGCAGCGGUAAUCAGAAAAUAUCCGAAAGAAGAGAAGAAAAUGAUAGUGAAGAACAAGAUUCGAACACAAUCGGACUUCAAGAAAAUAGCAGAAGAGAAUCAAGAGGCGAUCAACAAGAUCCAGCACCCGUUCAAAAAGCGAUUAGAGACUCUGCUACCAGAACUAGUCAACGCUUACUCUUACGACGACAACUCCAGAUUCAAGGAGCUAUUCGAAGCCAAUAUUCCAAAGAAAGGAGUCUUCGAUCCGCAUCGAUACGCAUUGAUUGUCUUUAUCAUAUCUUACUGUAAACAUCGACAAUGGAAUGCUGAUCCGAAGGGAUUGGCUCUGGUAGAGGCGGAUGAGUCGAGAACAUGGGGGAAGGUUCGGAAGCAGACGUCGCUGUGUUGUGAGGACCAUCGGAAGUGUACUUGGAUGAAGUUGUUUAUGGAGUUAGUGCCGAGUAGGCUGAGGUUCAUCGAAUCGUCGAAGAGGAAUUACAAUGGAUUGGAUGGAGACGACGGACCAUUCCGCGAUGACGUCUAUUUCCAUUGCAUGAAGCUCGGUGCCGAAUGCCAAAAACGUAUUUUCUUCGAAGGCGCCAAACCGAUAGGUCUACAAGAGGAUGCAGUGGACGAUUACAGCCUCGACGGAAUGCACCUUCUGUCGGUGCAAUAUGGAAAUCUUCAACGAAUCCCAUCUUAUAUGGCUUUGGGCGGUGCUGAUAUCAACGCUAUUGCCACGUAUAUGCCUACGAAACAGGUGUUCCGGCUGCAGGAUUAUCUCAAGGAAUGGAUUGAGAAGAAUGUCACUGAUAGUGCUGUCAGACCAGAACACAAGAUUUAUUAUGAGAAUCUCAUCGAUAUGGUUCGACUCACAGCGAGCUCGUUGGAGAUUUUUGUGAAAGCAAAAGUCAAUGAGAUGAUUGCAACUAGAUUGAACAUGGAAUUUAAAAUUCAUAUGGACCUUACCUAUCCUCACAUCAUCCGUUGCUCUCCUAUCAACAACGUCGACAACGGUGGCGAUGGAUCGCAUCAAGUCAUAUCAUCUCUGUUCUCCCCAUUCGGAAUCGGACUUCGCGCUGGUCUUCCUCAGAAUGAAGCAGAAGGAGGGUUCAAUGAGCGAGAGAUCAAGAAGUUGCGAGUGGCUCUCGGAAAAUUCCAGACUCUUGUUGCUCGUGACGAAGGUCGUCUGAUUAUUGCCCUUUACCGUUUGGAUGUUCACUUCAAGGCUAAUGUCCAGGAGAAGUUCGCAGUGCCAAUGUUCAAACAUAAUCCCAGUGAUGAUGGAUUUGUUGUUGAGGGAGUGAAUCUUGUUCGCCAAGGAGAAGAUCUUCACGCCAACGAAGCUGACAUCCGUCUCAUCAACCAUCUGCCAUUGACCUCUCCCGGAGCCCUGUAUUAUUGUAUCGAGAAUCGAGAUAUCGAACGGACCCUGAUUGUUCCUGGCAAUGCUCACAUUGAAAUCAUUGGAACAUUUGAUAAACCAAUAAGCUUUGUUGCACAAGUUUUCCUCAUUAAAAAGAAUUUCUAG